AUGCGACCCCAACGUCUGAUCAUCCUACUCGCGGUCGUUCUGCUCGCGUGCUUCUCUCUCGUUUACCUCCGGCCUCCGAAAACAACCCCCCAGCCGCCAGUAGAACUCCCUCCCCCCGAACCGAUUAAGCACCCUCAACUCCAUGCGGGCCAAACAUCGUACACCCCUGAGAAGAUUCAUCCGAUCGCCAAUCUAGUCGACAAUGCCGAGCAACACUUUGCUCAUGUGCAGUCGCGCCAGUCCGCCACCCUGGCUGAGGCGGUUGAGGAGUACAAGCGUCGCUACAAAAUGCACCCGCCACCCAACUUCGACAAGUGGUUCCAGUUUGCUAAGGCCAAGGGCGUGCAGUUGGUUGAUGAAUUCGAUUCUAUAUACCACUCCUUGCUCCCUUUCUGGGCUUUGAAGCCGGCAACCAUCCGUGAACGCGCCCGUGAGACUCUGGGUUUCGACAACGCAGUCUUGGGCGUCCUGAUCCGCGAUGGCAAGGUGACUUUGACUGAAGGAGGUGGCGAUGGUCGGAAAUGGCAGCGCGAUGCCACAGCUGGUAUGAUGGCCGAUUUCGUCAAGUACCUACCCGAUAUGGACUUGGUCUUCAACACCCACGAUGAGCCUCGCGUCGUGAUCCCCGGGGAUGACCUCCACCGUCUUGUACAGACCGCUACUGACUAUGUGAUUCCCGCUGCUUUCAAUGGUGAUCCCCCCAUAAAAGUGUGGUCACCACGCGCCCCGGACCUGAACAAGGGAGAUCGUAUCGAUGAGGUGCGCACGACUCGUUUCAACCGUUUCGCGCAUCAGCCCACAUGGACCAACUCGCGCAUCUCCUGCCCUGUCGAUAGCCCUGCAAGAUCGCUCGAUGACGACGUGGCCGAUAAUGGUGACCCAUAUGCGUAUGGAGAACUGGGCUUUAUUUACAACACUACCGCAUUCUCUGAUAUCUGCCACACUCCGUCCCUCCGACACACUUACGGAUUCUUUGACCGCCCGAACGCCUUUGAUGUCGUCCACGACUUGUUCCCUAUCUUUUCGCAGAGCAAAAUCUCCAGCUUUCAGGACAUUCUUUACCCCAGUCCUUGGUACUGGGCCGAUAAGGUGCCCUACGACCAGAAAAAGGAUUUCAACUGGGAAGCGAAAACGGAUCGGAUGUAUUGGCGUGGAUCUACGACCGGUGGUUUCUCGCGUGCAGGUGGCUGGCGCCGCCAACACCGUCAACAAUUUGUCGACAAUGUCAACUCCCUCGGUACAACCAAGAUCCUCGCCCGCCAACCGGAUAAUUUGUGGGCCGCGCAGGAGGUGAAGCAGGAGCAAUUUCGGGAUGCAUUCGAUGUCAAAUUUACCUUCAUUGGGCAGUGUGACCCGGACGAUUGCCAUGCCCAAGAGGAAUAUUUUGAAGUCGUCAAGGCAGCUGGCCAGCAGGACGCAUGGGCGCACAAAUACCUGGUUGAUGUGGAUGGAAAUGCCUUCAGUGGACGCUUCUAUGCUUUCCUUCAUAGCAACAGCUUUGUCUACAAAAUCGCCAUUUUCCGCGAGUGGCACGAUGAGUGGCUCAAGCCUUGGGUGCACUAUGCGCCACUCAGCUUGAAAGGAAAUGAGUAUACAGAAACUAUGCGGUACUUCUUGUCCGAGGAAGAUGGCAGGAAAACAGCGCCAAGAAUCGCAGCUCAGGGGCAGGAUUGGGCCCAGAAAGUGUUGCGGAAUGAGGACCUGGAGGUCUGGUUCUUCCGUUUGCUUCUAGAAUACGGCCGUCUUGUGGACGACAACCGAGAUAGACUCGGAUUCUCGCUGUGA